GUACCUUGGACCAUGCCCAGGUUAGAUCCCGAAACCGGCGAGCCGCAAUAUAAUAAAGAUGGUCAACCGAUCUACGAUGGAUAUUGCAUAGAGCUAAUCGGCAAAUUGGCGGAGACAAUGGAAUUUGAUUACGAGAUUGUGACCCCGAAAAGUGGAAGUUUCGGACGAAGACUUACUAAUGGCAGUUGGGAUGGUAUUGUCGGAGAUCUUAUGAGAGGGGAAACGGAUCUAGCAGUGGCAGCGUUAACAAUGACAGCGGAAAGAGAAGAAGUGAUUGAUUUUGUCGCGCCCUACUUCGAACAAACUGGAAUACUUAUUGUAAUACGUAAACCAAUUCGCAAAACAUCUCUGUUCAAAUUCAUGACGGUCCUCCGUACCGAGGUCUGGCUCAGCAUCGUGGCCGCUCUAGUCCUCACUGGUUUCAUGAUCUGGCUGCUGGAUAAGUAUUCUCCGUACUCGGCGAGGAAUAACCCUGAUGCUUACCCUUAUCCUUGUAGAGAGUUCACCCUGAAAGAGAGUUUCUGGUUCGCCUUAACAUCGUUCACGCCACAAGGGGGUGGCGAAGCGCCUAAGGCAUUGUCCGGACGGACAUUGGUAGCAGCGUAUUGGUUAUUUGUCGUUCUCAUGUUAGCUACUUUCACUGCCAAUUUGGCAGCGUUUCUCACUGUGGAGAGAAUGCAGACGCCAGUAUCAUCGCUAGAACAAUUGGCGAGGCAAUCACGUAUAAACUACACCGUCGUAGAAAGCUCUACUAUACACCAAUAUUUUAUUAACAUGAAGUUUGCUGAGGAUACGUUGUACAGGGUAUGGAAAGAAAUAACCCUGAACGCUACGUCCGAUCAGGCGCAAUACCGGGUGUGGGAUUACCCCAUCAGAGAGCAGUAUGGGCAUAUACUCCUCGCUAUUAACGCUUCAGGUCCGGUGCCAGACGCAAAAACUGGAUUCCAACAAGUGAACGACCAUGCCGAUGCAGAUUUUGCCUUCAUUCACGAUUCUGCUGAAAUAAGAUACGAAGUAACAAGAAACUGCAACCUAACUGAUGUUGGUGAAGUGUUUGCAGAACAGCCAUACGCUAUUGCUGUGCAACAAGGUUCAAGGUUGCAAGAAGACUUGUCUAGGGCGCUCCUUGAAAUACAGAAGGAGAGGUUUCUCGAACAACUUGCCAACAAAUACUGGAACGAGUCGGCUAGACAAGCUUGUCCUGAUGCAGACGAAUCCGAAGGCAUUACGCUUGAAAGUUUAGGUGGAGUUUUUAUAGCAACUCUAUUCGGCCUGGGUUUGGCAAUGAUAACUCUGGCAUGGGAAGUGUUCUAUUACAAACGCAAAGAAAAAAACAAAAUACAAACCAUAGACACGGAAAAGAAACAAGCGUUCGUCGAGCCCGUGGAGAGAAAAAAGAAGUUUUCCAACAAUGUUGCCAGAUUACGAAAAAGGGAUAAGAAGAAAUCUGAUAACACUAAAACUGUGACCAUUGGUGACACAUUUAAACCGGUUUCAGAAAAAGUUUCGUAUAUUAGUGUUUAUCCUAAAGGAGAAUAUAAUCCAUAA